GCACGACAACGCAUUUAUUACCCGCCGCCCAAAACGAUCACAAGAACGAUGCAUCUAAGAAGUCGGAAUGUACAAAGGACCCAUGCGAUGAUUAUGGGAGAGCCUCUCGUACAGAUUUCGAGGAUGGUUGAUUCUUUGGAACCCCCUCAAACCCUGUACAAAGGAAUCUCCCCUCUUCUCGCCUGGUACAAUGACAAAAAGCACUACUGCGAUAUUACGAAUCUCCCGAAGUCUCUGUUGACACCUGCGAAAGAAGUUCGAUUGCUCCGCUUGGGAGCAGAGGUCAAUUCUUGGGAACCCGCUGAGCACCACGGAAAUGGACUCGGAAUCAAGAUCGCAACGAAGCUGGUGUCAUGGCAAGACAUUCGAGACGGAGUAACACCAGAGGAACACGUGGCCAUCCGGGAGCAAGAUGCACAAAUGAUGGUCACGGUGUUCUCCUGGCGAUCGGAUAACCCGUUCAUCUUCGCACCUCUGCCAAAAAAUGCCAAGCGCAUCAAUACAAAACAUAUUGACCGAGCCAUGAACGUCACGUUCCAGAACUUUGUCAACAAGACACGGCUGACUCAGGGAAUGAUCAACUUCUGCGUGAUCGUGUACAUGGACGAUAUCCUUGUCUACUCGGAGACCAAUCAUGGACAUGCGCAUCACAUCGAAUGGACGUUGGAAGCACUAAGGGAUGCUGGGUUUAAGAUUGCGCUUGAGAAGAGCGAAUUUUUCCUUUCGGAAAUUUCGUUCUUGGGCUACAUCCCCGGACAUCUCCAGUUGAUCGUGCACGAGCUCACGAUCCCCCUUGCGCAGUUGGUUGACGAUCUCCCCCUCGAGAUUGUCUCGCAGAGUGACGAGAGCCUAGUUCCGCACGUCCUCGCGUGGACUUUGACGCCAUAUCUUCAGUGGUCGGCGUGCUUGGAGGAACCGAUAAGCGGUCGCAACCCGCCGUCGCAGCGGGAUUAUCUGGACCCCCAGGAAAUCAUCGAUCGCGCCUUCUUCCAGGAUCGAACGGCCUCUGAAGACGAGGAGAUAGCGGUUGAAGAAGACGAGAAAGAAGAAGGUGCCGACGAGGACGACGAGGAGAAGACCCCGGAAGAGGGAAGUUAUAGCGAACACAGCGAGGGGGAGCAAAGUGAAAAGGAAAAAGAAGAACAAGACAACGAAGAGGAAGAGCUAGAGUUGGAGGAGCCGGAGUGGGAAAUCUUGGCGGAGGAAGGAGAGCAAGCGGAUGCUUAGGCGGAAGAUCCUGAGGCGGCGCGCAAGAGAGAAGAUCCCGAGCCAAUCAGCAGGUCGCCGACGAUCCGGCCCGAGAUCCAGAGUC